ACAGUGAGCUUCUGGGUCCGGGAGGUUGAGGAGAUAAAUGCAGGUACCAGACAGGCUCAGGGAGACAUAGCAGAUCCUAGGCUGAGGGGCUGUUAGUCUUUGAUGCUUUCCUAAGACCAGGAGAUAGUGAAACAGGCCAAGAGAUAGGCUAAGACCAAGAGAGAGACUGAGAGAGAUUUGGAAGAGAAGCAGGCUAGAAGCAGACUUGCUAGAGAGGGCAAAUCCUGCCUGAAGAAGGGUGCUGAGCCUAGGGUUUGGAAAGGCCGCCAGAGAACCAGGACCCGGGCAGCACCAUGUCAGGGUGUGGCGAGGGCUGCUACCCGAGACUGCAGGAGUGUCAGCAUGGCUGUAAGAAGCACCUGGGGGACAUCAUCAGCUUCUUCUUCCGCUUCAUCUCCGGGAACCUGGCUCGAGACAGCAGUGACAGUGAACUGGAGUUGUCCACGGUGCGCCAUCAGCCAGAGGGCUUGGACCAGCUACAGGCCCAAACCAAGUUCACCAAGAAGGAGCUGCAGUCCCUUUACCGAGGCUUCAAGAACGAGUGUCCUACGGGCCUGGUGGAUGAAGACACCUUCAAACUCAUUUAUUCCCAGUUCUUCCCCCAGGGAGAUGCUACCACCUAUGCACACUUCCUCUUCAAUGCCUUCGAUGCUGAUGGGAACGGGGCCAUCCACUUUGAGGACUUUGUGGUUGGGCUCUCCAUCCUGCUUCGAGGGACGGUCCAUGAGAAGCUCAAGUGGGCCUUCAAUCUCUAUGACAUUAACAAGGAUGGUUAUAUCACCAAAGAGGAGAUGCUGGCCAUCAUGAAGUCCAUCUAUGACAUGAUGGGCCGCCACACCUACCCUAUCCUGCGGGAGGAUGCACCCCUGGAGCAUGUGGAGAGGUUCUUUCAGAAAAUGGACAGGAACCAGGAUGGAGUAGUGACUAUUGAUGAGUUUCUGGAGACUUGUCAGAAGGACGAGAACAUCAUGAGCUCCAUGCAGCUGUUUGAGAAUGUCAUCUAGGACAUAUGGGAGGGGACCCUGGGUGGCCAUUGCUUCUCAACCCAAAGAAGCUUCAAUCCUGACAGGAGAAGCCUCUAUAAGAAACAUUUUUUUCUAAUAUAUUUGCAAAAAGUGA